AUGCCUCACUGGCAACAGUGUCGGCGCCGCUUCACCACAACAGAGCGGCGAGCGAGGCACGUGGACGACAACCGCCCGUCUUAUUUAGCGGAAAACAACUUCUUGCAAUAAUUUGUGAUACACACAAUAAAGUCCGGUGACAAAGGAAUACAUGUGCAUCUAGUGAAGAAGUUGUAGUGGAGAAUAAAUUGUCAGGUGAUGCUUAUGGUUUUGGAAUGGGCACAAACAAUCAGCUGGCGCAAGGCAAUGACGAUGACCAACUAGUUCCUGUUAAAUUAGCAGGCAAGCAGUUAGCGGAGCGUAGAGUGGUCUCGGCACAUGCAGGGGGCCAACACACCAUCAUUCUAGCUGUUCCCAAGUGAUAAUAGAUACCUUAGGAUCAAAUCUUUUCUAGGAUUGUAUUAAUUUAAGAUGUGUUUGCACAUUUGUGUUAUAUUAUUUCCUCUACUGACCUUAUUUUUUUAUGAUUGUUGUUUUUGUGUGUAUAUGGGAUAUGCUCAGUGACAUAGCAAGUGAUAAUUAUUUGUACAAAUUAAACCUCGGUAUUAGAAGAGGACAACUCAUAUUGUGUGUGCGUGUGUUUUGUAGAUGCUUGUCUCUGACUGAAUGAUAAUAUACUUAUACCUACAAAAGGAGUUUGAAAAGAGGCAGAAAAAUGUGUAAGUAUUCUUUUAUAAAAUUGUAAAUGUUGGUUAUCUACUGUUAAAACAUUUAUUUAUAAUCUUUGAAAUAUUUUUCAUCUUGUGAAAGUGCGUAUUUUAGCCUUAACUUGGAUUGAUGACCAAGAAAUUAUGGCUUUCAGAUAAUUAAAGAAAUGUAUUUGUAAUAAUUUGCAUAUGUACUUCAAAUAAUGUCACAUUCAGAAUUUAAGUUUGAUUAAAGUUAUAGCUAAGAGCAGUUGUUUUUGACAAAAUCCCAAAGAAAUAGCUUUUUAAUUUAUUUUAAGGUAGGAGAAACUUCUAGUUUUAUUUUAAGAGUAUUGUAUUAUGCUAUUUUACAAUGGAAAUAGGCCAUUUUUUACAGCAAGUACUUUGAUAUGAAUUUGAAUUUAGGCCAAAAGCUGUGUCUAGGUUAAACCUUGUAAUUAUUGACUGUCCAAUUUUUUGGCUCAAGUGGAUGUAUAAUAAAGAGGACAACCCA